AAUGGUCGGAGCUUCAUAUGCGGGAAUUUAAUGUUGCCAUGGCUAGCAUUAUGUUAGGACAAAUUCCUAUUCUCUGAAUUUGAGGUAAUCAAGGAAACCCUAGGCGGGAAAGAAGGAUCAGGGUCUCUUUGUUUAUUCUUGGGUUGAAAUUUCUCCGACCUGCUUCCAGUUCAGAAAAAUAACCAUAGUCAGCCAUCAAUGUGGGGAACAUCUGAAAGCUGUUAGUUCUGGGUAGGUAUGCAUGGAUGCAUCUUAGAAUCUGCUCCCCGAGUGAAUGCUGAGGUUGAUUCCAUGGGAGAAGUUGUUGAUGGAAGAGUUGGAAUUAGUAGCAUACUGGCACCCCAGCAUCCAGCAAUUGAGGAGGCUCAGGAUGAACUUAGGCUGGAGUAUGAUGUUCGCGAGGAAAGAAGAAGAGAGCUAGAAUUUCUUGAAAGGGGCGGCAAUCCUUUAGACUACAAGCUAGGGAAUGGUGCCUCAGUUAGUGUCCAAUCUACUUCACUGACCAAUCAACCUCGUGGAUGUGAGGCCAAAGAUAGUUUUGUUCAAACCACUUCCCCUCGUGGAGAUUCAGUUGAAAGUAGUGGUAGACCAGGGGCUUGUGCAGUCUGUGAACCUAAUAGUGCUGAUAAUCUUUUGUUAUUUGAUGGAGAAAGUGAGUUUAUUGGAGGUGAAAGGAAUCCUGUGCAACCUAGUAAGAAUGUCAUUGCUCCAUUACUUCAAGGUAGUCAAAAUGCCAAAGAAUCUGGAGAAUCAGGCGCCCUUCCCUUCCCAAAAAACCAAGCAUAUAGGCGGAGGAUUAGGACAAGACCUAAUCGUGAUAAUGCUCAAUCCCGUCCUGGUCAUGUUCCUUCCGUGCCUUCAGGUCCAAAGGAUUUUAAGGUGUCUAUAGUUGAUGCAAAUAAUUCGAAGGACAAAAGCAUUGCACCAGUCUGCAAUUCAAAGCCAUGUACUCCAAGUGGUAAUUUAGACUGUAAAGCGACACCUUCACAUAGUCGGUCUGUUAUGGAACUCGACGAUUUAGGUGUUGCAAAAUCUACUGUUGAACCACCUGUUCCUGAGCCAGGUGCUUCCAAAAGUUUUCUUGGUGAAAAACCCAGCCUACAUUCUGGAGCUGUUUCCCAAGGAAAUUCUGGAUUACCGGAAUCUACACGAGGAAGUGACCAGUUGAUUUCAGUAGUACAUUGUCCACAAUCUGAAGCUACAGUAAAAGCUGAAACUAAACCUUGCCCUGGCAAUGAGAAGAGAGAAAGAUCGAAAAUGGUCAAUGAAGAUGGUAAUGUUACACGUGGUCCCAAGUGUUUAGACUCAGAAUCAUCUUGCACACCAAUCAGUUUGAAUAGAAAUAUAAAUGAUGAAGCAUUCAUAAACCUAGGGAAUGCGGAUGCUGAUAGGAAUAAUGAAAAUAAAUUUGAUGGAAGUUGUGUUUCGGCAAACGAGGUUAGGCCUUCAGGUUAUCAAAGUGAACAGGGAAAUGGUUCACUUUUCAGAUCUGAGAAAGAACUAUUGGACAGUGUCUGCCACAUUGAAAAUGAGGUGAAAUCUUCUGUUCCAGUGAAUAGUGUUUUACCAAAUGGAAAUUCUGCUUCAGUAACAGAAAGAAGAGCUAACGAUCAAAUUAGGGAUGAGUCCAUUAUACCAAAGGGAAAUGCUUCUACAGAUUUAUCUUUAUCCCUAGCUUCCACAGAAAAGGCUUCUUCAAAUAAGACUUGUGGUUCAGUGGACGCUUCUGUUCUUGUUCAAACAAUCUUGCCUUCUCAGCAUUAUUCAAUGGCUCUCGAGAAGCAACCUUGCUCUGAAGCUUGUGUGGAACUGGAAAUCAAAGCACAUGAAGAUGCUAUUCUUGAAGAAGCUUUAACAAUAGAGGCAAAGCAGAAAAGAAUUGCUGAGCUAUCUGUCAUAACCCUGCCCACGGAAAAUUUCCAAAAGUCCCAUUGGAAUUUUGUCCUUGAAGAGAUGGCAUGGCUGGCCAAUGAUUUUUCACAGGAGCGUCUCUGGAAGUUAACUGCUGCUGCUCAAUUGGGACGUCAAAUUACUUUUGCCUCUCAUUUAAGAUCUAAGGAAAAUUUUGACCAUUGCAAACAAAAGAAAGUGGCUUAUUCCUUGGCAAAAGCUAUAAUGGACUUCUGGCAAUUAGCAGAGGAGAAACUCAACCAUUUUCAACCUUCGAGUCCUGGAAAAAAAAAUUCUCUGCUUGCUGUCCAUGGUUAUGCUGCGAGAUUUCUUAAAUAUAAUAAAUGUGCUACUGCAGUUAGCCAAGAAGAAACCACAGUAAAUCCUGAUUGGACAUACGAUCUUCUUGUUAUGAAACUAUUACCGGAGGACCGGUCACAAGGAGAAAACCUUUUCUACAAAGUUCCUUUCGGGGCAAUGGAGGCAUAUAGGAGAUCCAUUGAAUCUUAUAUAAUCCGGUGUCAGAAAAUUGGCAAUGUACAAGAAGAAGUAGAUACAUCUUCAAUGCAUGAUGCUGCAACAGCAAAUAUUUAUGACGAGGAUGAAGGAGAAACAAACACAUAUUUUCUGCCUGGUGGUUUUGGAAGUAAUAAAUCAUCGAGGUUCCCUCAAAAGAAAAAGAAGAAUUCUAUAAGAUUUUAUACAGGCAGAUCAUAUGACAGAGGAUCAGAUAUGCCAAACAUGGAAAAUAAAUUUAGAAAUCAACAGACCGUCCAAAUGGGAAAAAAGCCUGCUGGCAAUCUUAGUGUUGGUCCAAUUCCCCCGAAGCGCAUGAGAACUGCUUCAAGGCCAAGGGUUUUAGGCCCUAUUAAUACUGGAAGUUCUGGAGGUGUUCUGGGUAUAACAAAGACUGAUUCUUCUAGUGGUGAUACAAACUCUUUUCAAGAUGACCAGAGUACCUAUCGUAGUGGAUACUUGCCAAACAGUUUUGAAGUUGAGUCUACGGGUGACUUUGAAAAGCAGCCACCAUUUGAUUCAACAGAAGUAUCAAAACCUAGAAAGAAAAAGAAGGCAAAGUAUAUGGGUACCCCUUAUGAUCAGAGAUGGCAGUUUGAUACAACAUUACAAAUUGAACCGAUGGAUCACUCAAAGAGGAGGUUGGAUGGUCAUCAGUUUGAUUCUAAUGGAAGCAGUGGUUUUCCUGGGCAACAUAUCAGAAAGAAGCAAAAGAUGCUCAAGUCACUGGAUAAUCCCAUGGACAAUCAUGUCCAAACAGGCAGUUCAAUUCCUUCUCCUGCAGCUUCACAGAUGAGUAAUAUGCACAACCCUAAUAAAAUAAUUCGAAUACUCAAUGGCCGGGAUCGAAUUAAGAAGUUCAAAGCCUUCAAGAUACCUGCUGGGCAGAGUGGGAGUGGAAGUCCAUGGUCAUUGUUUGAAGACCAGGCACUUGUUGUCCUUGUACAUGAUUUGGGCCCAAACUGGGAAGUUGUGAGUGAUGCCAUCAAUAAUACUUUGCAAUUCAAGUGUAUAUUUCGUAGGCCUAAAGAAUGCAAGGAACGGCACAGCGUUUUGAUGGACAGAACUGCUGUUGAUGGUGCUGAUAGUGCUGAAGAUUCAGGAUCUUCUCAACCUUAUCCAUCUACCUUGCCAGGCAUUCCUAAGGGUUCUGCCAGACAAUUGUUUCAACGUCUGCAGGAGCCAGUGGAAGAGGAUAUGCUUAAAUCACAUUUUGAGAAGAUUAUCAUGAUAUCGCAAAAAUUGAGCCAUAGGUCACAGAAUGAUUGCAUAGAUGGAAAAAGAAUGCAGCCGCACCCAUCUCAUAUUCUCGCCCUUCAACUUGUACCUAACUAUGUAGAUGGAGGACCUCCAGCCACGCCUCUUGAUCUUUGUGAUACACCUGCAUCAAGCCCUGAUGGUCUUUCUCUUGGAUACCAAGGUUCUCUCGCAAGUGGCUUAGCUAUUACACAUCCUGGCAGUAUGGCUUCUGUUCUUCCUACUUCUGGUGCAAACUCCUCUAUUCAAGGUUCAUCUGGUGUGGUCCAUGCCAAUAACUUUUCAUCAUCGUCUGUCCCGGGCAAUACUUCAAUGAGGGAUGGUAGAUAUGUUGUUCCCCGAUCAGCAGCAUUACCUAUUGAUGAACAGAAGAGAAUGCAACAAUACAAUCAAGUACCUGGAAGAAAUGUUCAGACACUUGGUUUGCCAGUUCCUUCAGCUCCCCAGGGAACAGAUCGUAGUGUUCGAAUGUUGCCUAGUGGAAAUGGUAUGGGUGUUAUGUGUGGGAAGAAUAGAAACAUGCCAAUGACAAGACCUGGUUUGCAAGGGUUCCCCUCACCAUCAAUCCUGAAUUCUGGUAGCGCGCCGUCUUCUAAUAUGACAUCAAUGCCACAUCCCACUAAUAUGCAUCAUGGAGUUGGUUCAGGUCAAGGGAUGUUGAGUCCUCGUGAUAAUAUGCAUAUGAUGCGGCCUGGACAGAAUCCAGAUCAUCAAAGGCAAAUUGUUACACCAGAGCUUCACAUGCAAAUAUCACAAGGGAAUAACCAGGGAGGAGUCCCUUCUUUUGGAGGUCUAAGUCCCGGUUUCUCUAAUCAGACAUUGACUUCUCCUGUUCAGUUGCAUCCAGUGCAUCAGCAGCAACAACAAUCCCAUCUUCUUAAUAGUUCCCAUAUUCAAGGACAAAAUCAUUCUGCUAAUACUCAAAACCAAAUGCAUGCACACCGGCUAGCAAAAGAGAGGCAGUUACAGAAACAACGGUUACACCAGCAUCAGCAGCAUAUGACACAUGUGCCUCCUCAACAUCAUCUUCCCUCUGCUCCUAAUAGUCCCCAACUUCAACCUCAAGCUUCAUUAGCACCAGCAUCUCAACCAUCCACCACAACUACCAUAACUCAGCAGCAACAUCAGAACGUACACACACCACCUCAUGGGUUUGGCCGAACCCAAGUUAGUAAGCAACGACAACGCCAACAGCAGUUUCAGCAAUCUAGCGGGCAACAUCCUCAGCAGAGACAACAGAGUCAAUCUCAACAGCAGGCUAAGCUUUCAAAAGGAGCUGGAAGAGAGGGAAACCUUUCAAAAGAUUAUUCCCUUCCCAAUGGCAUAACUGCUGCUCCAGGAAACCAAUCUUCCAGCAAAGGAGACCAGGUGAUGCAUUCGAUUCAAGGACAGGGUUUGCAUACUGUGUCUGGAGUGAAUCAUGUUCAAACAUCCAAGCCACCAGGACCUCAGUAUUUGAAUCAAAAUCGCCUACAAACAAAAAUGCACAAUGGCCAGCCAAUUCCUUCCACAAAGCAAGUCCAGAAUACACCGAUUCAGUCGGAUAAUAAUAGUAAAGGUCAUAUGAGACCAACUUCCAAUCACACAAUUCCAGUAGCUACGGCAUCUAUAAACCAUAAACAGCUACAGCAACACCAGAAGUCUGUGAAUCAAUCUCAAUUGUUAUCCCAGAAAGUGCUACAACACAAUUGUCCCCCAGACCCACCCAACAAGCUGCAGGAGAAUAAAAGCCAAGUUGACGACCAGACUGUUGGCAAUCCAACAGAAGUGGUUGAAGUAACAGGAUCUCAAACAUCAUCUAUUGAUUCAAAGGCUAUUGGUUCUUCUACCAGUGGCCAGGGUAAAGUUUCAGAAAAGGAAUAUGAUUCUAAUGCAAAUUCAGCAUUGAGCUCAAGCCCAGUUGCAAAUUCGUCUUUGACUAAUGCUGCUGGUAGUGAAAUAAUGACCACAAUGGGUAAAGGGCUUCCUCAGGGGCAGUCAUCCAGUGAUUUAUCACCUAUCAAUGUGCUGAAGCAACCACAAAUACAAUCACCUAAUAUGCGUUUACCCAUGACACAGCUGCAAAAAUCAUCAAAUCAACAGGUAACUCCUAGACAGCAACCUCAGCAACAGACCGAGCACUUGCCGGCUGAAAAUAACAAUUUGAGCAUGAGACCGACUAACCCGAUGAAGGAAUGAAGGCACUCUCAGCCUCAAACAACUCAAGAAUUCUUGAAGCUGCAAUUCCUUAAAGAUCGGGUUAGCAUGCUCUUGUAGAAACUCUGUACAGAAGCUGUCUGUCAUCUCAUGAGACAAAGUGCAAGAUUGAGGAGGUGGUUGUUGCGGGUAUCGUUAGGUUUUCGAUUGAAGCAAAUCAAGCAGGCUGGUAAAAAUUCUUUUGGAUACCAUGUAAAUUAGUCUUUGCUGUAGGGUGUCAAGAGGAUAGGAGGGAAACACGAAUAGAGAGGUAUGUGUAUAGGGCGAUGGAUCUAUCUUACUCUUUAUCUUUAUUGUGAUUAUUUUUUUUUUCCUUUCGAUAAUUUUUUUCAGUCGAAAAAAGGGGUCCUAUUUGUUUGGUGGCCCCUAGGUUAGCUCAAUGUAUUGCUUAAUGCUCUUUUUGGAUGAAAGGGUAACCAUCAAUUUGAUUGUUAGAUCCUUUGAGGAAAUUUUUGUGAAUAACUAUAUGUUUGUGUAGUACUUUAUUCUGUUUAAUGUUGAUAUAGCAUUAUUUCA